UUGAAAUUUCUUUAGGUGCCAUUCAAAUUCCCAUAACCUCACUGGGAUUUACUAUUUAUGUUUAUUUAUAUUGCAGGCCCUAGUUCAAAACUGCAACACAUUUUCUGACAUUUACACAAUAAACUUCCCAGAAAUAUCUACAUUUUCCAAAUUUGGAAGUCCUUAUAUACCUUUAUUGCAAAAAGUAGCAAAAAAUCAGCACUCUUCUUUAAUUAAUUCUUCAUCUUCUGGAUCGACUUUAUCCUGGUCACAGAAGAACACUGGGUGCUAGGUGCGAAUCCACCCUGGAUGGCAUGCCAGUCACCUUGCACAUACUCGUUCACACACACAUUCACACCUGGGGGUAAUAUAGUAUAGCCACUGGCAUGUUUUUGGGAGGCAGAGAACCCAGAGGAAACCCACACAAACCCAGGAAGAACAUGAAACUCCUGAAACUCAGUAACCAGAGCUCAGGAUCAAUGUUUAUUUUUUUUUUAAUAGAAAAUCAAUUUAUCUUGUGAUAGUUGGAUAAAUUGUUUGAUGGAUCAGUUCCACAUAUUCUUUGAUGUAAUGGAGCAAGAAGAAAUCAUAUAAACAGAUAACUGGGUGUAACAAUUAUGAGCAAUGGGUAAUAUUUGUGAAAAAUAAAAAUUAUUUGAUUUCACAGGCUAAAACCUUCAAUUCAGUCCAGCAGAAAAACAGACCCUCAGAAUAUCUAUAUUGUAUUAUCAAUGACUGAUUAUAGUUUUGCUUUAUGUAGUUGUGGUCUGAUUUAUAUUUCGGGUCAUGUGGUACUUCUGCUUGACUGAAUGAGUAGGAAGAUACAGUUAUUAAGUGCCAUUUUAAGCUUGAUGCCCUUUACCAGCUGCAACUACAGAUGGCAAAUGGAAAAAAAAAUGUCUCUAUAUGUUUUACUCCUUUUUUCAUUAUUAUCAUUUAUCAUUUAUCAUAUCCUUUUUGUUUUAUAGUGCGAAUGUUUUAUAUUAUGGUACUACUGCUUUCCAGAAAAUAUACUUUUGAGAACCCAUUUGCACAGAACAUACGAUUUACCAAUCUGUGCAUUUUUACUGGAUUGCCAGUCUUCAGAGGUCUCACUUUUUUUUAUUUUAGUUUAGUUACUUUUUUAUUUCGAACUGUUGGUAUUUGCCUCAUUUGAUACAGAGAUGCUAUGUGGCACAACUAUUAUUUUGCACUGAACAAGUCAGAAGCAUUCAUCUCUUCUGUUCAGCGAAGAACAGACAUGUUGAAAAAAAAAAGUGAAAACUACGUCAAACCUCAGAUGACAGAACUGAAAAGAGUAUUGAAUACAUGUGUGAUCGAAGCUGCAUAGUCUUAAGGUUGACCACUGUUGUGUAGACAGAAAUGUCAGAUUAUAGAUGCAUUUAUGAACAAAAUAUUCCACUUGAUACUUUUUUUUUAUGUUUUACUGUAAGCAUCAUUUUAUUUUUUGUUGUUGUUGAAAAGAAAAUAGUAUUUACUUGUUGCUUCUUAAAAAUAUAUAUAUAAAUAUAAAUAAAUAUAUAUAUAUAAAAAUAUAAAGCAGGAAUGUAUAUGAAAUGUCAAUUUACUUGCAAUUUGCAAAGAAAUAGCAGUGAUAUUAUAGAGGGCUAUUUGUAGGAAAGGCAAAUAUACAUAAUAGUUGCUUUAUAGUACCACCUUAGAGAUUUUCCUAUAUUUUUGGAUAUAUGUUAGGGCUUUAUAUGAACGACAGGACUUUUCCAGUGUUUAUAUGCAAAAGCAUUUUAUAUUAUGUGUCCUGUGAAUUGUCAAUAGUCUGCAAAGCUGAGGGUGAUGGCUAAAAUUCCCACAGCUUGUGUUUCCAUGGCUAUUAUGUUAUCUAGAGAAUUCCGUGUAGUGUUGCUUUGUAUCAUUAAAGGCCAAGAUUUUUAUGUUGUUGUAAAUAGAAGAAAAAAAAAUGAAUUUGAAAAGGCAAUAAAAAUUUUAUUGAGUACAACAACAA